UCUUGCAUUCCCCAGUGCGGUGGCAUCGCGUUCAGUGACCGUAGUGUGUGUGAAGUGUCAGAACUCGGAGUUGCGUGCACGAAGAUAAAAAAUACCAUGAUUUCAUCAGUUAAUAAGAUGUGGGUGUCUCUGGCGGUGGUGUCCUCACUGGUUGCCAUGGCAACGUGUGCGAACAACGAAUACCUCCCCCCCAACAGCGGGUACACGUACGACAAACCUUCGAUACCGUUCCCAUCGGGAAACAACGGAAAUAAGCAACCACCGUUCAGACAGCCCACACAGCCUACGUACAGGCCUACGCAGCGGCCGAUCUACGUACCGCCACCGGGCCCUGAGGGCCACGACCACGAGCACGAGCACCAUGACCACCACAACCACGACCACGACCAUCACCACCACGAGAACGGCGGUGAGCACGACCACCACCAUCACCACGAGCCCGGCAUGCCGUUCGACUUCGCCUACUCAGUGAACGAGGACGGCAAUGACUACAGCCAUAAUGCUAUUUCUGAUGGUGACGUCACCACUGGAGAGUACAGAGUGGCGUUGCCUGAUGGUCGCACGCAAAUCGUGAAGUAUACUGCUGAUUGGAAGAAUGGAUUUAAUGCUGAGGUGUCAUACGAAGGCGAAGCGAGGUACCCUGACCAAGCAGGGUACGGCAGCGGCAACGGCGGACAAGCGUACGGCCCACCAAGCCAAGGCGGCGGCUACCAAUACUAGACAUGAAUGAGACUGCUGUGUGAAUGUGUUUGUUUAUCCUUAAUUGAAAUAAAAUGCUGUCAACUAAAAAAAAAUAAAAGAGAAGUAUAAAGCAAUGUAAUAAUAGCGCAGAAUUAUCGCAGCGUAACUUAUUGUGUGUACAGCGAGCAUAAGCAGAAUGUAUGUGAACCAUGUGAUCUAUUUGUAUUGUGUGGAGAAUCAGUAGAUAUUUACCGUCGUUAGAUUUUUUUAUAGCGGUCUUGUAACCUGUCAUAUUACUGGCGAUUUGAUAAAAAUACCACCAUUGACAGAACAACUUACAGAUGAAGUUAGCAAUGAAUUUUAUUAUUGGCCAAUAAAGACACAAUUACAAAAGACAGCAAUUUUAUGUCAAUUUGAGGUAAACUAGAAAACAUCUGAGUAAUAUACUCUAGUGCCCAUUAAUCUGAAUUCUUAAGCUGCAUUUCUAGCCAAAUAAGAUGAGGAUUCAGACAGACUUUUAGGGUUACAUGUAUAUUUUAUUAUAAGUCUUAAAAUAUAGUUACCAGAUCAGUUACCAUUACUGCCAAUUUUAGUGUAAUGAAAAUUCGGGAUUCUUUAUUUUAGCUAAAAUAUUUUAUUUUCGAAAAUUUAAUCAUUUUAGAAACCAUGAACAGUUAUGUGCGUUAGUCAUAUUUCAUUUCAUUUAAAUACUGUAGGCAUAGCGCUUAACUGGGUCAGUUUCGGCAAA